GCGCAGCAUGGUUUUUUCCCUUUGUUGCUAUGGGAGCUGUCAGGACGAGCCUUCGGGAGGCUCUCGAGUAGCUUUUCUGUUUACUGUCUCGGCGGCGUCUUCAGACGCGGAGCCUCCCCCCUCCCUCUUUUCAGGUGGUGGUUGCCACGGCGACGGUGCCUUUGCUCCAGGCCUGCUAGAGAUGCGCCAGGCCCAAGAACAUGGCGCGCCCCCAGAUCAUCCACAGCGGCCACUUCAUGGUGUCGGAGCCCCACGCCGAGCCCGAGCCGGACCCCGAGGCGGAGCUGAGCCCGGCCGGCCGGGAGGGCCCGGGGCCAUGCGCGACGGACCAGGCCUCGCCCUCGGCCUUGGGGCCGGACUUCGGCGCGGGGGGUCAGGGGACGUGCCUGGUCUACCGCUACGGGCCGCGGAGCAGCGGGGCCCUCAACAUCGACGCCUCGCUCUCCAAGCUCUUCGAGUGCAUGACGCUGGCCUACAGUGGCAAAAUUGUCUCUCCCAAAUGGAAAACCUUCAAGGGAUUGAAUUUGCUGCAGCGUGACAAGAUUCGACUAAACAAUGCCAUAUGGAGGGCCUGGUAUCUCCAAUAUGUGGAGAAGCAGCAGAAUCCUGUAUGUGGUUUUGUGACUCCACUGGAGUGCAGUGAUGUAGACGAGCACCGCAAGCCUGAGGCUGUCAUCAUGGAAGGAAAGUACUGGAAACGGCAAAUUGGGGUUGUUAUUAGGGAGUAUCACAAAUGGAGGACAUUUUUCCAUACCCAGGUCCAAAAGAAGCUGGAUAAACCUAUCUGUGGUCCUAUUCAGGAAGUAGAGAGUGUUUUUCCAGGGGUAGAGAUGAACAGUGAAAUGGCAAGUGGAAGCCCCAUGGAUCUUGACCCCUUGCAUGAUCUGGAAGCUUUUCUGGACACCAUCUACUCCAGUCGCAACCCUUAUGGUGGUCCCAACCUACGUGGCCUUGGUAAAGCUCAUCAGGGUAAUGCAGACAUGAUCCAACCCACCCUGACCCAACUGCAUCCCAUCUUUGGAGAGGAGUUCAUGGACACCUUGGACCCUAUUCAUGAAUUCAUCAAUUCUUGCCAUUCUCAGCCUGCAGUCCAGGCUCCUGCACUGUUGACAGACACUACUGCCUUGGGCCACUCUGACCCAGAUCUUCCUACUAUUGUCCCUGGUGCUUCCAAACUCCCACCUCCUGGAUACUCUCUGAUGCCCUUGUCCCUUUCGCUGGAUGUGAAGCCACCUGUACCUCACAAUGGACAACAGACUUUCCUCCCAUUCUUCCAUACUUCUCCACAGAGGACCAGUCCUCCACCAGCCCCUCCUGUCUUGCACGUACAGCCUCAGAUUGCCUUGGUCUUCUCUGUUAUCACACAGACUGGAUCAGAAAAGAACUCCUUACCAACCUCAGGACCAUCGGAAAGUACUUUUGCUGUGCCCACAUCUCCUCCCACAGCCAUGGGAGGAAGGUGCAGACAGCUGCAACGGAUUGCUCCAGCUCCCUCCUCUAGUCAACAGCCAUCGCCUCCUUGUACCACCUUCACCCACCUCCUUACAACUGGUCCUGCCCCACUGCCCCUCACCUCAGUCACGAACUCUGCACAGGAUGGUGGCACCCAGAAGCUCUCUACGAAUGUGUCACUCAGCGCAGACUCUGCAAAAGAAAAGCCUCCUUUGCCUCCUCAUGCCUUCCCUGACACAGGUGACAAGACUCAGGAGAGAGCUGAGGAGAAAAUUCUUUGCAGUCCCCAGGAAAUGUACAAGCGCCACUCUGCCAAGGGAAGCUGCCGUUCCAGUUUUACUUCUUCUGAUUGUGUUCGCCGUAUGAUCAUCAGUUCUGGCUUCAACACUCUUGCUAGUCUGGUGCUGCCAGGAUCAGAUCAGACCAAUGCUAAGCUCAGCAAAGCGUUGUUAUUGCAAAAGAGCGUGACUUAUGUCAGGAGACUGCAGCAGGAGCGCCAACAAGCUCAGGAGACAGUAGAAAGACUACGCAGCGAGAUUGAGGAGCUGAGCACUGCCAUUGAUGAGUACCAGCGCCAGCUGCCGCCUAAUGGAGCUCCUGUGUUACCACCACAAUCAGACAGGGCUUCUCAGCUCUAUGAGGAGUACGUGCACAAGCGGACCUUACAGGACUGGCGCUUUUGGCUUUUCAGUGUGGUGAUUAAGCCUCUGUUUGAGAGCUAUACUAGAACAGUCAACACAACCAGCAUCAAGGAGUUCCGCCAGUCAGUAUUAAGUUGGUUGGAGCAGCACUGCACCUUGCCCAUCUUGCGUCCUGCUAUAUCUGGUUCCCUCUUAAACCUCAGCAAGAUCACAUCCAUAUUGACACAGCCAGCCCAACUGCCCGAACAAGCCCUUCGAGCAGUGUCUUGCCCUCCACACUGCAAGGGCAACAGCUAGGAUGAAGAUUGAGUCCACUUGUCUACGCAUGUCCUAAACUGCCCUAUAUGCUAUCAGAACAGCCAACAGCAGGGACCUCUUACCUCUAACUCAGGGAUUCAUUUAUCUGGCAAAGAAGGAUGCUAUCCUGUGUGACAUUGUUGGGAUCCUCAAGUGCUAAAGCAGGCAAUCUCUUGGGGUUCACUUUGGUGCUGGCCAGAAUCUUGACUCUUGCUCUAUAGCAGAACAAAGUGUGGACUUAAGAUAGUAGAAUGAGGGAAGCAGAGCACCAAGUCAGAAUAAAGGUGCAUUCUCUUAGACGGUAACAGGCAUGGCUUCAGCCAAUUUUGGAAUAGCAAAAUGUGUCUUCCUUUUUUUUUGUUUUCCCACCAGAGGGCAGUGAAGCGACUCUUGUAGACACUCUUGUUACAGAGAGAUUUUCUAUUUAUAAUCUGUGGCUUUGAAAAUUGAUGGCUACUCUGUCAACAGUAUUCACAAUUUGUUUAUGGCUUGGAAGAACCUGCUUUGUACUACAGCAUUAUGUUAGAUUUCAUCCACACAAUCAUAUCUGCCAAACUCUUCUAAGUACAGUAUAACCACUUUCCUAGGUUUCAUUCCAGCUGAGAUCUUAAACAUGAAUAUGCAUAUUCUAGACAUCUGAUGGAUUUCUACAUGAGAACAGGAUGUUCAUUGAAUAACUUGCUUGGAGGGGUUUCCUCCUCAAAUGCACAUAUCUUGACUAUGACUAUUUGUCAGAAUGAAAAGAUUGAAUUAUAUGGGUAGUGAGGCCAGAUUUUGAUUCUCUCUCUUGAUAGGCAGGGAUUGUUUCCUGACAUGUCCUACACAUUAUGUUCACAACUAAGCUGGUUUAUUUCCUUUUGGGCCUACUCCCUAAAUAAAUGGGUAUAGGAUUGCACCUGUAGCAUAUUACACAGCUCACACCAACCUUUUCUUGCAUUGUCCAAUCCAGCUCAUACUGUCUCUCUUACAGGUUACCAGCAAAACAUAUCUUGUGCUUUCUGGCCAUACUUUGAUCAAAGCUAACUGCUGUUGUGUGCUGAUACUCUUUGAUACCAAGAUAGUAGAGGAAGUAUUGCAAUAUAGUGUGCUGGCUGGGAACCUGAAAGGAGAUAUGAUAAACUGUCCAAGAGGGCCUUUGUGAGAAGUUGAUAACUAGUAUUAUAACAUAUAUAGUGUGCUAGGAAGCCAAUGUCUCUGUUCAGCCCACUAUUUAUGGAUUGGAGUUUGUGGAUAUAUUCUAAGUGUUCUGUUUCUGGAUUAAGAGUUUCGAUUUUCUUCUAUUACCAAACUUUAUCAGCUGCUAUUCUUGUGGAAGCGUGUGUCCAUUCCCAUAGGAGUGGAGCUAUAUAAGCUACAUUUAGUUUCACAUUGAUUAAUGUUUAUCAUGCAACAGUGUGGUCUGGAGUUUUUUUGUUUGUUUGGAUAAGAAUAUUUCAUUGUAUGGAAACCUUCUUCAGUAGGUAGAUGGUGGAGAAAGGAAUUGGUGAAAAUUGUAAGAAGCCCACCAACAUGCCCACUUUGCUACAUCCCAGAGUAGGAUACUUUCUUAUCAUGCAGGAAAAUGGCAUUUGUGUUCCUUGCUGUGGUAUUCCUUUUGUAGCAGUGGGCAGAGGCCAACUUCCCAAUUGAAUCUGGCUAUAGGUAAGACAAAGUGUAUUGCUUGGUGCUUACUCUUAUUUCAUGUCUGUAUCUAUCUUUCUGCACUGGGCUUGCUUCCUUAAAAAUUGGGAAUAUUCUUUUUAUAUUGGUUAGAGAAUCUUAAAGAUAUGCAGAGAUCCUGUCUCUUGCUGAAUGGAAGGAGUUAAUCCAGAGUACAAUGCACUCUGUUUACUGCUGAAAAGAAAUUUUCAUCACGAGUAACCAGUAUUCCAUUCUGUUGCAGGCAGAGACUCUGUAUCAGAAUGCCCAGAAUCGCUAUUCCCUUAUUAUUUGGUAUCAUGACUAUUUGUGUUUGACUUUCAAGCCAAAAAUGGCAUUUUAUCUGUAUUGUAGCUCCCCUAAACUAUAAUUUCAGGUUAGGAUUGCCGUACCCGGUAAUCCAAAAUACUCCAAAAUUGUCCAAAUGGAUGGCUUAGAUAGUGAUACCUUUGUUUUUUGAUGGUUCACUGUAUAUAGACUCUGCUUAAUGCACAAAAUUAUUUAAAAUAUUGUAUAAAAUUACUUUGAGACUCUGUGUAUAAACUAUAUGUAAAAUGUAAAUGAUUUAGUGUUGAGACUUGGGUCCCAUCUCCAAGAUAUCUCAUUACAUACAUAUAUGCUAAUACAGGUAUUCCAGAAUCUGAAAAAUCCAAACACGUCUCAACCUGUAUUUUGUCUUUUCUCAGGCAAUUUUUGUUUUGUUUUUUUAAAGAAAGCACAUAUUAAUAUGUUUUCUUUUUCUGUUCUAAAAUAUAUUAAAGGAACACUUUGGA